AGGAUGGGUUAGUUAUAGCCAGGAGUUUAGAGCGAGGAGCUUAACAUUUCCUCGCGAAAAAGCUUUUGCGAGCAGUUUAUUUGGAACAAUGGAGCGAUUGAUACUGCUUCUGGUGGCAUAUUUCAUUUACUUACGGGUGACUCUUGUUUUCUCACGUCCCAGCGCAAAAACACGCACGCUAGGCGAUGACGACUGGACGCACCAUAAUUUCGAUCAGAUGACCGCGUAUCUUCAAGAUCUUCAUCGACAGUACCCGAAAAUCACUCGUCUCUAUAGCAUUGGAAAAUCGGUGCAAGGCCGAAAACUUUGGGUCGUAGAAAUCUCUGACAACCCAGGUAAACACGAACCCGGAGAACCCGAGUUCAAGUAUGUUGCUAACAUGCAUGGGAACGAUGUUGUAGGACGCGAACUUCUCUUGCAUCUGGCGAAAGCAUUCUGUGAAAAUUACGGUCGAGAUGCGAACCUUACCAAAAUGGUGGACACCACUCGUAUUCACUUGAUGCCAAGUAUGAACCCGGACGGGUACGAACUCGCCGCAGAAGGUGAGAACAGGAAGGAUUGGAUCAUCGGACGAAGCAAUGCGAACAACGUUGAUCUGAACCGUAACUUUCCUGACCAGUUUUUUAAGAGCGUGACGGGGCCGCCCCAAGUCGAAACGAUAGCUGUGAUGAAGUGGAUCUCUGAGUAUCCCUUUGUGUUAAGUGCUAACCUCCAUGGCGGCUCCUUAGUGGCAAAUUAUCCAUUCGAUGACAGCCCAUCGGGGCAGAGCGAGUACAGCAAGUCUCCAGAUGACGACGUCUUCAAAGAGCUUGCCAAAUCCUAUUCUGAGGUGCAUCCAACUAUGCACCUCAAGAAUCCACCCUGGCCUUGCCCUGAGGUCCCUCCGGAUCACUUCAAUGAUGGCGUCACAAAUGGAGCAGCUUGGUACAGCGUGUCAGGGGGGAUGCAGGACUAUAACUACAUGCACUCAAACUGCUUCGAGAUAACCAUAGAGCAAGGCUGUAAGAAGUUCCCAGAGGCAAGUCAAUUACCGAAGGACUGGGAGGAAAACAAGCAAGCGCUGAUAGCUUAUAUCGAUCAGGCGCACAAGGGAGUUAAAGGGUUUGUAAAGGACAGCCAAGGAAAUCCAAUUUUUGGUGCACAUAUCCGUGUUGACAAUCGUAAAAAAGACAUUAUAACCGCAAAAGAUGGGGAUUAUUGGCGUCUUCUUCUCCCUGGGGGCUACAAAGUCACUGCCAUGGCCGUAGGAUACGAGCCUUUAUCAAAGGAUAUUACGGUAACCGAGGGAGAUGCCAAAGAGCUGAACUUUGUUCUGAAGAAGUCAGCCCGGGGAAACAGCUCCCUGGACUCGGAACAGUUAGACAAUAAUGAUGAACCAAAUCCUGUAGAGGAUUCAAAACCGGAACCCGGAUCUCCGAUUAAUGUUGGAUCUGUGGAACCGAGCGGGGCUCCCGUGGGAGGCAUGACGAUGGGGGAUGGGAUGUCGGACGGAGGGGACUACGGGAUGGUUAUGACUGGAGGUGGUAUGGGAGGUCCGUUACAGUUGAACGAUCAGUUCGGGAUGUCUAAUACGGCGGAAUCUCCCAGUGAAAACACAGGUGGGGGGUUAAGUCUGGGAAACAAUUUCGACACGGGGGGCCCAAUUGGGGAUGCGGAGCUUGAUCGUUUUGCGAUGAUGUCCCCCUAUGAGGCCCAGUCUAAGGAUAAUACCAAGGGGAUUUUUCACAUCUCAACUGACGAGCACGAACCACACGCUCUAUAUGCUAACGACGGAGAAGAGAAUGGGAACGGAAAUCAACCCGAGACUAAUAUCAUUAAAAAGGACGAGCUCGGUAGACCCCGAAAGAAAUGAGUGCAUUGUUAGUUGUAAAUUGGCAAUGGAAGCUAAUUUUUCAAAUUAGGGUGCUAGAAAACAGAACUAAAGGGAUGUGCUUUAGUGAAGGAGCAACGUAGAUUGAUGUGUUGUUUUAAGUGCUGUACUUUGUCGAUUUGACGCAUAUCGCAUCUCAAUUAAACACCGGAUCGCAGUGCGCUGCUCAUUCACGCCUAAGCUCAAUUUACAAGGCCAAGUUUUGAUUAAAAGCCGGAGGAAUUUAAACGAUUGCCGAACUGCGGUAAAUCGGAAUACUGUUUUUCAAGGGUGGAGUAAUCACUUUGCAAUAAUAAACAAAUUAACGACCCUUUUUUAAGAGGACACCAGUUGAAUUUCUCUUCGCUUUGUCAAUGUUAACCCCUUAAGUUAUCACCAACAACAUGGAAUUUUCUCCGAAGACAAAAGUAGUCUUGCGUCAUGAACCUCCUAGCGGAAUCAUUAUCAUUGUCCUUUAGUUUCCAGGAUCAUUUUCCGACAAGGGACCAGUUAUUGUUUAUCGCCAGGCGGGGAAGGGGGCGGAUGAGGGAGACCCUUGGGGGCAUCAAAUGGUUUCCAGGGGGAACGGAGAGGGGUUCAGUUGUCAUUAAUAGUGACCUUUCGUUCAGAUCUGAUCCACAUGAUUUUAGCACGGGCUCAUACGAGAGCUUGAAAAUGUCUUAGGAAAAAAUAAUUUUCUGAACAAACCUUUAUACUAGGAUUUCUUUAGUAUAAUUCAUCAAUUUUGUAGGAAUAUUUAUAUUAUUGAAAAUAAAUAUAUAUUUUCCAUAUUUUAUAUUGGGAUCUCGAACUAGUUAAAGCGAUUAAGAAUAUUCAAAGAAAAUUGUAUAUUUUGAUACUGAAGCAGUGAAUAUUAAAAAUGAAUCAAUUUUACCCGUGCUUAACAGUCUUAACAUAGUUAUGGGAUGCUAUUGUUACGAAACUUGACCAGCGCCGGUUUUCCUAUAAAUAUUUGUGCAAGUAUUUUGAACCCGAGCGUGCAGUUUGUGAACCGUUUAGCUCGCAUUAGUGACCAAGAAAAUUUUUUUUCUUACAAUAUCAAUGCAAGAACAAGUCGACACGUGACAAAAAUAA